AAUCCAAAGAAGCCCUCCCAGGGUAAAAAGUUAACAGAGAACAACAAGAAACGAAACCGACGCUCCUUCCAAAUAUUCCUCAUUUGUUUUCUUGAGUUUUAUUCCAGUAUUUGGGUCAAGAUGCAGACAGCGCAAGCUUGGUUCAUGGGUGGGCCCAGCGGCAGUGAUCAGCCCAAAUCCUCCUCCUCUCUCCUCGCCGACUGGAACUCCUACGCCGCUUCCAGAUCCGAAGACGACAGCGGGUCGGGCGCGCUGGGGUUCGAUAUCGAGUCCGCUGUUAGAUCCGCUAACGAUAAGGUCACCGGCACCUUCAGCGUGGUUUCCAGAGGUGUAAGUGGGAGUUUCCAAAAUGCUACUAGCAGUGUUCCCUCUGGAAAGUCUCUCAUGUACUUUGGGCUGCUCCUUGCAAGUGGCGUGUUCUUUAUUUUUAUUGCAUUUACCAUGUUCCUCCCAGUUAUCGUGUUGAUGCCUCAGAAGUUUGCUAUCUGUUUCACCACUGGUUGUGCCUUCAUCAUUGGAUCUUUCUUUGCUCUAAGAGGCCCGAAAAAUCAACUGGCACAUAUGGCAUCAAAAGAGAGACUUCCAUUCACACUGGGUUUUAUUGGUAGCAUGGUGGGUACCAUAUAUGUGUCCAUUGUGCUUCACAGUUACAUACUAUCUGUCGCCUUCUCUGUUAUUCAGGUUAUGGCACUUUCUUAUUAUGCUAUAUCAUACUUCCCUGGAGGAUCUACUGGAAUGAAGUUUCUCGCUUCCACGCUUAUGUCUUCAGUAUCAAAAUGCUUUGGGAGGUGAUGCUAAUUCUACGAUUUUCUUUUCGACUGGAUGCGGAUAUAUUUUAGUUCCUAAGAUUAUGGGAUAUACUUUUGUAACAGAGUACAGAAUAUAAAUUCGUCUGUUUCAGCUUGUUUGCCAAUCCUUACAGUUGUGAAGUAUUAGUCUCUUAUUCAUGAAAUAGAAAUAAGAGCUAAUAGGUAACAUGAUGUUUUGUGAGAAUGAAAAUUGUUUGAGAGAGCGUUUGUGCAUUCUUGUAAUCAGAAGAGAGUACUCCAGUCGAUAGAAAUUUUAAUUGAGCUUUAAUGUUCACA